AUGGCUGAUUCCGAUUACGACUUUGAAGACGAGGUGUCUGAUGACGAUUACAUUGGCAACAAAGGCAGCGCCUCGAACACGCGCGCGCAGUCCACGGCAGCUACCAAGAGGCGAAAGGUAGAGGUACCAGUCAAGGAAGCACCUCAAAGGAAGGCAUGGGAGACGGAGUACUCGCGAACAGUGGAGAAGACGAUCCAGCCAGCAGAUGAUGGUAGUCUGGGGCAAAGUGUACAAGAGCGGGAAGAGGAGCGCAAGCGCAAGCGGUUGCGCAAAGACACCAAGCCAUUUCAGCGUGGCAUAAUAAGACAUGUCGUACUGGUGCUGGAUCUCUCAGAGGCCAUGUUGGAAAAGGACAUGCGCCCCAACCGUUUCAUCACCAUGAUCAACUACACGCAGGACUACAUUCGCGAGUUCUUCGAGCAAAAUCCUAUCUCCCAAAUGAGCGUUCUGGGCAUGUACGACGAAUGCUCUCGAGUUGGCAAGAGCAACACUCUACCAUACGCCCAGUCAUGGCACACGAGAGGUUAUUGUCGUCUUCGGCAGCCUGCUGAGUCUGGACCCUGGCGACAUUCACCAGUCUGUCAAGGCGUGUGUGAGAGACCGAAUACGGGCGACGAAUCCGAAUAUACAAUCGCCACAGAUCAAGAGAUGCUUCGGGAACUGCUCCUAGCCACAACGACACCACCUGUCAUCCGACAGCCUUUGGUUACAGAUAAGACUGCGCCAGUAACGACAGCGCAAUCUUCAGAAUCAGCUGCUGCGCUAAUGAUGAUGGGCUUCCCGUCGCGGGUAGUAGAAGAUCAGUUGACCAUGUGUGCAUGCCACGGAAACUUGACAAUGGGCGGCUAUACGUGCUCUCGGUGCAGCGCAAAAGUUUGCUCUCUACCCAUCACUUGUCCCUCCUGCCAACUCACGCUCCUCCUCUCCACUCACCUGGCACGCUCGUAUCACCAUCUCUUCCCCCUCCGCAAUUGGGCCACAGUGUCGUGGUCGCGCGCUCGUGAGAUGGGCAGCAAACAGUGCGUGGGCUGCUUAGCUGCCUUUAGCAAUCCACCGAACAAUGCCAAAGAGAACGGUGAGGCCAAACGAAACUCUGAGGCAAAAGCCACAAAAAGGGACGACAAUGAUAGCGAGGAGCAGAAAGCUAGUGAAAGUGGCAGGUAUGAAUGUAGGGCAUGUGAGAGCCAUUUUUGCAUUGACUGUGACAUGUUUGCGCAUAUGGUACUGCAUAACUGCCCAGGAUGCUUGGGAAGGCUAGAUCCAAAUGCGGCUGCUAUAAGCAAUGGGGAUGUGGAGAUGAGUGCUGGCAGAACCAUGGCGGCUUUUGAACGAUUGAUUCGAUUCGAGGAUGCUGAGGGUAAGACCCUGUAUGGUAAUCUAGAGAAAGAAAUACCUACCAAGGAGAUUCAGGGGAGUAGCGUCGAAGUGCUUGAAGGCGAUGUAAAGAGUGGGUUUAAAAAGACUGGGAGCAAGGCCACAGUUUCAAAGCUACUAAGCCCGCUUCCAACUACAAAUAUCAUUCUCUGCGUUGGACUCAACUACCGCAAGCAUGCCCAAGAAUGCAAUCUCCAAAUACCCGAGAACCCAGCCAUCUUCAUGAAACCCAGCGACGCACUCGCAGGCCCUCUAGACGACAUACCAAUCCACAAAACCUGUCAAUCCCAACUCGACUACGAAGGCGAGCUCGGCAUCAUCAUCGGCCGCGAUUGCAAAAACGUCGCUGCAGCAGACUACGCCUCGUACGUCCUGGGCUACACCAUCGGCAACGAUGUUUCAGCACGCAACUACCAGCUGCCAGCAAAUGUGUCCGGCGGCCAAUUCGGCUACGCAAAGUCCUUUGACAAGUUUGCCCCCAUCGGUCCUUGCAUUGCGAGUCCUGCCGUCGUACCGGACCCGCAUGCGCUGACGUACUGGACCAAAGUCAAUGGCGAGAAGAGGCAGGAGACGGGCACCGAUGAUAUGAUUUAUACCGUUGGCCAGAUCAUCGAGCACUUGAGUCGCGGGACGACGCUUAGGGCUGGCACGGUGAUUUUGACAGGGACGCCGAGUGGAGUUGGGUUUUUCAUGGAGCCAAAGGGGUUCUUGAAGGAUGGGGAUGUGGUGGAGAUUUAUGUGCAGGGGAUUGGGAGUUUGGUUAAUACUGUGAGAUUUGAGUGA